CGCGCUAUGGAAAUAAGAUUCCCCCGCAAAAUCCGAUGGCGCGUCCUCUCUUUCAAAAGGCCGCGAAUUCUUCACCCCCUCGGCCCCUCGGCUUCGAUUUCUUAUGAUAAUAGGAAACCCCAUCUCUAAUUCCGAAACCCUAACUCCGCUUCCGAGUCCCACAGAGUCGUGGAUAUACGAAGGAAACCCUAGCUUGCCAUGGAGGCCGAGUCUCUUCAUCCUCCUCCUCCCCAGACGGAAUCUGAUCCGGGAAACAUGGAAAGAUCCUGGCUUUCGCCGCCUCCUUCGAAUUACCAGCCCCGCCUCGUGGGAGCCGCUCUCUGGAAUUUAGGGAACACGUGCUUUCUCAAUGCGGUUCUUCAGUGUCUCACGCAUACGGUUCCUUUAAUACAGAAGCUUCGAUCGGUUGAUCACUCUUCUACUUGUUGUGGAGGCAAUGGGGAUUUCUGCUCUUUCUGUGCGCUGAGAGAACACAUCAACCUCAGUAUUGUCAAGUCAGGAAACGUUAUCUCCCCCAGAAGGAUUGCUGAUAAUAUGAGCAAAAUAUCAUCUUGUUUUCAGCUGGGCAAUCAAGGGGAUGCCCAUGAAUUCCUCCAUGCUUUGCUGGAUAGCUUGCAUGGCUGCUGUCUGGACCCCAUCUUGAAGGACCACCCGUCUUCAUUAGAGAAAGAUAGCCUUGUCAAGCAGGUUUUUGGAGGGCGUCUCAGAAGCCAGUUGCGAUGCUGUGAUUGUGGUCACUGUUCAGACACUUUUGAGCCCCUGCUUGAUCUCAGCUUGGAGAUUGGUGAUGUUGACACCCUCACAGAUGCUCUGGUGUCUUUCACCAAGGUGGAGAAACUUGAUGAUCCUGAAGCCAAGUUCACCUGUGAAGGCUGCAAGGCUCAGGUGUUGGUGGAGAAGCAACUUAAGCUGGACCAAGCUCCAGAAAUUGUUGCACUUCAACUCAAGCGAUUCAAGAGCAUUGGAUUUUUUGCUACAAAGAUUGAAAAGUUUGUGGAGUAUCCAUUGGAGCUGGACUUGAAUCCUUUUCUUAGUUGCCCAGAGGAUGGGGCGCAGUUAAAAUACGACCUAUAUGCAGUCCUGGUGCAUGAUGGUUCACCUUAUUCUGGGCAUUAUUACUGCUUCGUUCGUUCCUCUCCAACAGCAUGGUUCCAAAUGAAUGAUUCCGAGGUGGCCAGAGUUUCUGAAACCCAUGUGUUAAAGGAAUCAGCCUUUAUCCUUUUCUACAUAAAGCAGGGAUCCUCGCCCUGGUUUUCAACCUUAAUGGAGGCACAGAAGGUACCCGACCUGGAUGGCAGCAAUGAUGCGUCCCCAGUAUCUGUGUUGGAUUAUGUAGAUCGAAAUCUUGUUUCACCUUCUAUUGGAGAGACUAGUUGCAGCAGUUCAAGAGAAAUGCAAGGGAAGGAUGAAGACCCCAGCCAAUGCUUUAAUUUUUCUCCUGUUGUAGAUGAAGAAAGAUGCCAUGAUGCAACUCCUAGCGCUUGCUACCACAGGAGCCUUGACGAAGGGUCUUGCAAAGCUAUGCCAGACAAGCUUAAUAUCGUUGGUAUUUUCCAAGAUGAGCCAUUGGAAGAUGAGAAGGAGAAUCACCUUAUUCCACAAUUCCAAGGGGAAUUGAAGCUCACUAGGGAAGUAGGGAAACCCACCCUCAACACCAUGAAGGAUGUGCCCAUGAACGAGCCACUCAAAAGAUUGGUGCGAGGCAUGCCUGGUUCACGGAGGUCAAGCAUUCUGGCCUGCCUUGCUACGCAGCACAAGCCUUUACAUAGGCGACCUCUUCAGGAUAAAGGCCAGCUUCCCAGUAAUAAAAGAAUGAGAGCGAGUUUAGAUGGUUCUUCCAGGGAAGCAACAGCGGCAGCACAGCUAACGUCUGCAUCUCGCCAGAGCCUUAGCCCUCGCUCCAUCAGACGUGGUUUGUUUAUAGAUGACUCCGAAUUGGAUCUUGAGCUUGUCUCUCGUCAGUCAGAGUAGCCUCCAUAGAUGAUUACCCUGGCCGCUGCAUCUGCCUUCGCCUAUUCAGGCUUGAUGAUUAACCAUCCUUCCAUCUAAAGCUUCUUUUCGCUAAAACUUCAUGUCAAUGUUGAUGUUUUCAGACUUUUAACCCAUUCUUGUCCAAAUGCUCUAUCCUCUGUGUAACUUCGUUAAAAAUAUUUUUUUUUGUAGUUCUUACAUGAUUUUUCCUCUUCUCAUAUAUUCUUCCUUGAGGUAAAUACUUUGGCUCUUAGGUUGUCAGAGUAUCACAUAAGUACAUGAAUCUGGUGGGUGAAAUAGCAGUUUAUCCACAGCGCCAGAAAGUUUGUAAAGGCGAAAAACUGGUCUGUUUUAGAAGGUGUUAUGAGCAUUUAGCCAAAAUGACGUACAGUCUGCACUUUAUUGUCAUAGGUGAUCUGAUGGAAUAUAUCUCAUUUCGUUUUUA